CCAUGUCUUGCAACCGUUUCUUGCUAAUCUAUAUAUUGUUCCAUCUUCUAAGCGAUUUAUUUAAUUACCACUUCUAAAUUUCUCACCUUCGGGUUAGUCAGUUACUUUUUCUUCCACCAGUUUUACUCCAUGCCGCCAUGGCAGAUUAACAAUUCUUAUAUUAUUAUUUUUGUCCGCUUUCUCUUCUAAAACCAGAAUUCAUCUCGCUCUCCUUUUUCCUUAGAAAUCAUUUAUGGCUAAGAGAACAAAGAGAACUUUUAUGAUACCAACUAAGGUAUCAAGUUUGUAUUUCCGAGAUUUAAUUUGCAUGUCUCUUGGUUUUGCAUAUUUUGCAUGUCUCUUGGUUUCGUUUUAACAUCAUUUUACUUUAUACUUUGUAAAUGAUUAUAAUUUCAUUCUUAUUACAUCAUUUUGUCCAUUAUUAAUUUGCUCUUGAAAAAGUGUUUGAGAAACUAACUGUGGGAAGAGACAUGGUUUUGUUUUCAGGUUCCGUGUGAAACAUAUUUAGAAACGAAAACUCUUACACAAAUCAAAUCGAUAAUAUCUAUAUCGUUUCUGACCUACCCAAGGUUAUCAAUUCUCAUUUAGUUCUUCUUUUUAGUAGUAUAUAUAUAAAUCAGUCCGAAGUAACCAAUCCCGUCAUUAUCGUCGAACCCAUGGAGACCCCACUCCCUUCUUUAUCGCAGCAAAUAACCCCAAAUCCUACUUCCGCCGCCACCGUCUCUUCUGCUAUUCCGGCGGCAGUCAAGAGUGUUGUCGUUCAACAACCGAUCGAUGGAUCUCCACGCGCCGUCGCUGUUGAUACCGGUGGUAAUCCGGAGCCGCUUGCGGCUGUUCCCGGCGCUAAGCUUCGUCUUAUGUGCAGCUUCGGCGGCCACAUCAUGCCUCGUCCGCACGACAAAUCGUUGACGUACUCCGGCGGAGAGACUCGUCUUGUUGUUGUUGAUCGACGCGCGUCACUGUCUUCGCUCCGAUCUCGUUUAUCUAGUAUACUUCUCAACUGCCGGUCCUUCACGCUCAAGUACCAGCUCCCUAGCGAAGAUCUCGAUUCACUCGUCACCAUCACUACCGAUGAAGAUCUGGAGAAUAUGAUCGAGGAGUACGAUCGCGUGACUUCUUCAGCGACGGUGACUGCUACGCAACGGAUCCGGUUGUUUCUUUUCGCUAACAAGCUCGAGACCGCCGCCACCAUGGGAUCUCUGCUUGACGGCGCGAAAUCUGACACUUGGUUUGUUGAUGCUCUCAAUCAAUCUGGCUUGCUUCCUCGAGGUUUGUCGGAUUCCGCCGCUGUGAAUAACACCUUGGUGAAUCUCGAUGAAGCUAGCGGCGGAGACACCGAGAUCCAAAACCUAGAAACUAAUGCUGGCGGCGAGAACAAUAAACGAGGGGAUUUGUUGGCUCCUAACGGUGUGAUUUCGCAUCAGGAGAUGCAUAUGAGCUCGAUGCCUGACUCGCCGAUGAUGGAAGCCGCUGGUUCUUCGAUAGGAUCCUCAUCGUCUUCUCCUUCUACUUCCAAUUUGCCACCGAUUCGCGUUAGAGUCAGCGAAGACCAGAGGAUUGAGGAACAGUUGGCACAUAUGACCUUCUCAAACAUGCAAACUCAGAGGCAAUUUGAUGAUGGAAUUAGCUUGAUGACAAAUCGGCCAAUGAUGGUUCCGUCUGGUUCCAUGACUGAUGGUUCAAUAGCUUAUAACAACUCACCUAGUGAUAGUGCUGCUCUCCCAAGCAACGGCCAGGUCUCACCGCAUGACGAUCGGUCCGAUUCAUGUGUAUCAGCUGGCUACAGAAAGCCACCUUUGCCGAUGCAGCCUGUAACGAUCCCACCGAGAACUAUCGGAGGGUAUGCUUUGACAUCCCCUGAUUCUGUUGCAAGUGAUACGAGCAUUUCUUCUGCUACUUCAUUUUCGAAGCCAAUGUACUACCAAGACCAACCUCCAGCUCUGCCAAAAGCUCCUUCAGUGACACAGCCUGAAACUACCUCGGUCCAAAGCUCCCAUGUCUUACCUCAGACUGAAACUACUUCACCCCACACCACCUCCCAUAUCCAAUCUCAGUCAGGUACAUACACAACCAUGGAUCAACAACAACACCAACCAACGGUUCAGCAACCUUACUUACAAGGCGUUCAGUACAUCCCUCACGCAUCUCAAUACUUCCCAGUUUACUCUCAUCAGCAACAAAACUACCCGGUUUACGUGAUGUCUGUCCCGCAAUCUCAACAGUAUGUCCCAGCAGGAACUCCCCCGCUCUACCCGAUCUCAAAACCCGCCACAAACUCGAGAUCUGAAGCUGCCCAAAACGUUUACCGUGCUGCUCCCCCUCAUGUUCUUCAGCUUCAGCAGCAGCAACAUCAAUACAUGGGUUACACUGGAGUUCCUCAACAUACUACAAACGCAAACGCCAAUUACGGUACUGGAGUUCCUCAACAUGCCACAAACGCAAACGCCAAUUACAGUAUUGGAGCUCCUCCUCAACAUAGCACAAACGCAAACACCAAUUACGGUGGCGCCUACGAAUACACAAACCCUCCAAGCGAGACAGUGUAUUACCACGCACAACCUCCUGUUGCCAACACUGCUAUUCCAUUAGCAUCUCCGUACCAAAGCAUGACACCAGCUGCAGCGGCAGCCGCUCUAGCUGAUAUGUCCAAGCAGAUGGCUCUUGACGGCGGCAACCAGCAACAACAUAUGGCUCCGUCUCAGCCGCUUUAAAAAGUUGGAUUUUUGGUAAUAAACGCGCAAAGUGUGACUGUAUAGCUAUUUUUUUUUUUUUU